ACCCGGCCACGCUUGCCAACAACGGUGACCUCAUCAGCAACAUCAUCGGGCACUGUCAACAUACAAAUCUUGGAUACCCGGGAUGGUGGAUGGUGGAUACCCUCGGGAUUCAUGUCUUCCAACAAAUAGUUCUUACCAACAGGUGGGCCACUUAAUUAAACGCCUAUACAAUGCGGGCAGUUGGAGAUUAUUACACGUAGUUUAAAAUGUCCAAUUUAAAAACAAAAUGACGGAAAGUUAAAAUUAUUACACGAUUCUAACAAAAUCAUAUUUGUGUUUCCGGAAACGGGUGAUUUAGUUAUUAUGUGUCAGGGAUCCACUCCUACUAUAGCUCCGUUAGUCGCACUUAAAUAGUACAUAAAACCUUAUGAGUUUUCUGUGUUAAAUUUAGUGUUGUGAAAACUGCAUUUUUUCGCGUCAUUUCACUCCAUGAAAACUAUGAUUAAAAUCAGUAGCGUCAAAUUCUCUGUUCUUUCUAUUGUCUUGUAGAUCUGACAGUUACUGAAAUCCAAAGUUUAAUAAGUAGACUAGUAAAGUUAACAAAAUAUCAAAUGUUUUGGUCACUUUCUCUUUUAAUGUAUGCCUUGGUUUACGGCAUAUCAACCAUGUGUGUUAGACAUUGUGCAAUUUCUUGUUUAAUAUCAUGUGUAGUGGUACAUAGAGUUACAAACCUACCAGCAGUACUAACACAUGCAUUCCACAUCAACUUACAGGGGCGAUGUCUCAGCAACGCGUCUCAAAAGUUUUAGAAUCGACGUUUUUACAACUGACCCAAGAAAAAUGCCCGGAUUCCCAUUGAUACUUGGGCAACUUUGUAUGAACAGAACUGACCCAGUGGGCAUUGGAACAUUCACCUGGAAUUGUACAGGGCCUGUCAUCGGCCGUUAUGUUCGGCUUAUCAAGUAAAGUGAAAUUCAAUAGAAAUUAAAUGCCAAGAUGUAUUCUGAUAAGUGUAUAGACAUUGGACCUAUCUUUAUAUUAAAAUAACCUGGGCUUACCUAUUUUAACAUUUUAAUUAUCAAAUGUAACCACUUGUGUGACCCCUACUAUCAAGUGUAAACACUUGAGUGAAGCCUACUAUCAAGUAUAACACUUGAGUGACCCCAACUAUCAAGUGUAAACACUUGAGUGACCCCUACUAUCAAGUGUAAACACUUGAGUGACCCCUACAAAUCAAAUGUAAACACUUGAGUGACCCUAACUUAAGCAGGCAGAUCUUUAGAUUUAUUGUAUGACAUAAUCCAAUGAAGAGGAUGGCGUUGUUGCUCAUAAAGCUAUCGUAGCUAGGUGCACCGACUGUACAUACACAUCAUAGCUAGGUGCACCGACUGUACAUACACAUCAUAGCUAGGUUCACUGACUGUACAUACACAUCAUAGCUAGGUGCACCGACUGUACAUACACAUCAUAGCCAGGUUCACUGACUGUACAUACACAUCAUAGCUAGGUUCACUGACUGUACAUACACAUCAUAGCCAGGUUCAACGAUUGUACAUACACAUCAUAGCUAGGUUCACUGACUGUACAUACACAUCAUAGCUAGGUGCACCGACUGUACAUACACAUCAUAGCUAGGUUCAACGACUGUACAUACAAAUCAUAGCUAGGUGCACCGACUGUACAUACACAUCAUAGCUAGGUGCAGCGACUGUACAUACACAUCAUAGCUAGGUUCACUGACUGUACAUACACAUCAUAGCUAGGUUCAACGACUGUACAUACACAUCAUAGCUAGGUUCACCGACUGUACAUACACAUCAUAGCCAGGUUCACUGACUGUACAUACACAUCAUAGCUAGGUUCACCGACUGUACAUACACAUCAUAGCUAGGUUUACCGACUGUACAUACACAUCAUAGCUAGGUUCACUGACUGUACACACACAUCAUAGAUAGGUUCAAUGACUGUACACACACAUCAUAGCUAGGUUCACCGACUGUACAUACACAUCAUAGCUAGGCUCACUGACUGUACACACAUCAUAGCUAGGUUCACCGGCUGUACAUACACAUCAUAGCUAGGUUCAACGACUGUACAUACACAUCAUAGCUAGGUGCACCGACUGUACAUACACAUCAUAGCCAGGUUCACUGACUGUACAUACACAUCAUAGCCAGGUUCACUGACUGUACAUACUCAUCAUAGCUAGGUUCACCGACUGUACAUACACAUCAUAGCUAGGUUUACCGACUGUACAUACACAUCAUAGCUAGGUUCACUGACUGUACACACACAUCAUAGAUAGGUUCAAUGACUGUACACACACAUCAUAGCUAGGUUCACCGACUGUACAUACACAUCAUAGCUAGGCUCACUGACUGUACACACAUCAUAGCUAGGUUCACCGGCUGUACAUACACAUCAUAGCUAGGUUCACUGACUGUACACACACAUCAUAGCUAGGUUCACUGACUGUACACACACAUCAUAGCUAGGUUCACUGACUGUACAUACACAUCAUAGCUAGGUUCACUGACUGUACACACACAUCAUUGCUAGGUUCACCGACUGUACACACACAUCAUAGCUAGGUUCACGACUGUACAUACACAUCAUAGCUAGGUUCACUGACUGUACAUACACAUCAUAGCUAGGUUCACCACUGACUGUACACACACAUCAUAGCUAGGUUCACCGACUGUACACACACAUCAUAGCUAGGUUCACUAACUGUACACACACAUCAUUGCUAAGUUCACCGAUUGUACAUACACAUCAUAGCUAGGUUCACAGACUGUACAUGCACAUCAUAGCUAGGUUCACCAACUGUACACACACAUCAUAGCUAGGUUCACCGACUGUACACACACAUCAUAGCUAGGUUCACUGACUGUACACACACAUGAUAGCUAAUUUCACCGACUGUACACACACAUAUAGCUAGGUUCACCGACUGUACAUACACCUCACACUGGCGUUACUUUGGUGCCAGGAUAGUACCCCUAAAAUAUCCGGGUAUUUACAACCACUGGUUCAUUCUGUGCCGAGUACAAUUUUAAAUCGUUGUAGGUUUAAAAAAGUGGGUGGGGUAUAGUUACUGGAACUUGCAAGUGCCUCGUUAUGGCAUUUUAUGUUUAAACAAAUUAUUAAGUGCGAUCUUUAAGUGCCAGUAAUUAAGUAGACCACUAAGCCACGUAUCAGGAAGUAAGUAGACCACUAAGCCACGUAACAGGAAGUAAGUAGAGCACUAAGCCUCGUUUGCUUCGGAUAGAACUUAAACCCUCCGACAAACCUGAAACUCAAUAGAGUGAGUCGUUUAAUUGAUUAACUGUGUUAUCCAGCUUUCUUGUUGGCAAUUGUUAAAAAGAACACCUAAAUGGUGAUUCAGGGCAAGAGUCUUGAACACGUUCAAUUCAAUUACUUUAUAGACUUGGAGUUGUGCUAACUGGAUACUGGAACAUAGAUACGAGAACAUGGAUACCCGUAACAUAGUUGACUAGUGUGUUAAGGACUCGAAUCGGUUUGAGCAAGGGAACUGCGACCACCAUAAUCUUUGACAUGUAUUGACACAUGGAUGAUCUAUGACUUGUGCUGAUACACGUCUAAUUAGACUUUGACAAUUCAACUGAAAGGAUAGUUUACCUAUUAAUUCUAACGGCAAAACUCGUUGUCCCCAGAUACGACUCAGAUUAUUUAAACUUCUGCGAGCUCGAGGCCAUGGUCAGUGACAUGAUCUCCACUGAAGACACAAAGUAUGCCGGUCAGAUGAAUAAAAGACUAACGCAGACGGCCAUGAUUGUCUCAGCUGACGGCCAAAGUCCAGCGUCGUGUGCUAUGAUGUGUAUCACCAGGAGAUACACGGACUACUGCUCGGCUUUCAACUGGCUGUCGUCAUCUAACCGAUGUGAGCUCUUUAGUGUCGACCCCAGGAACUUAACACUCAGCUCACGACUAGUGGCCACUCAGGGCAUGGAAUUUUUUCUGGAAAAAAAUUAAAAGUUCAAAAAAAUUUAACUUGUACAACAGUAAUUGGCAUUAAGAAAAAAAUAAGGCUUGCUACAUAGUGCUCUAUUGUCAGUGUACUGUCAAUAAGUUGUAACAUUCAAUAUAUGUUAUGUAAUAGUCUUCAUAAAAAAUGUUUUUAGUAUAUAUAUUAGUGUUUCCUCCAUGCUUUUUGAAUUUUUAAUAGCUUGUCCGCCGUCUAAGUGGGGCUAGAAACAUAAACAUUACCCCUUCCACACCCCCCCUGUAAAAAACUUUUUUUAACGUACAAAGAAAUUGUUGGGAAGAUACUGUCACCAAUAAUUGCCAACUGAACACUUUGAUGACGUCAUUUCAAAGAGUCAAACCCGUACCUAUGGAUCCUUGACUUACACAGCGGUUAAUGGAAAUGGUGCUUUGCACAAUGUUUUUGCAUAGAUGUCUGGACGAGGCCUGCUUUAUUGUUCACGCCAAUACUACUGAUGUUCCAGUUUACUUCACAAAAUUUUGUAUUAAAUUUGCAAUAUAAAGGAUAAUAAAGAAGGAUUACAUUCAAGAUGUGUAAAGGUAAUAUAAGAUCAAGGGUGUGUGGAAGCUUGAAAAAGAAAGACAGGACAGUAUAAGAAUAUCAUUUUGGCUAAACGCCUUCUUCAGCUGACAGGACACAUGGAG